AGGGAUUUUCGCAGGCCCUCAAUACGGUCACACUAGCAUGCUGCAAGCCGGUGUUUGGAAGAUUUUAUUAAAAUAGUGCCAAUAGCGAGAGAUUUGUGAAUCCCCUUCACCACCAAUCGCCGAAAUGGCGUUCCAUUGGUGCGAUAAUAACCUACACACCACAGUGUUCACGCCGCGCGACUUCCAGGUGGAGCUGCUGGCCUCCGCCUUCGAGCGGAACACCAUAAUAUGUUUGGGCCAUCGGAGCUCCAAGGAGUUCAUCGCCCUCAAGCUGCUCCAGGAGCUAUCCCGCCGGGCCCGAUGUCGCGGCAAAGUCAGCGUAUACUUAAGCACCCAGGUUGGUCGCAACACGGAGCCCACAUCCAUUUACACCAUGCUUUCCCACCUGACCGAUCUGCGAGUGUGGCAAGAGCAGCCGGACAUGCAGGUGCCUUUCGACCAUUGCUGGACCGACUAUAAUGUAUCCAUCCUAAGACCGGAGGAGUUUAUUUCCCUGUUGGAGGCUAGAGAACUCCUCUUAAGCAGUGUGGAAUUGAUUGUCCUGGAAGAUUGCCACGAUAGUGAGGUCUAUCGCAGGAUACUGCCCCUCUUUGAGGACCAUAUUCUUCCGGCUGCUCAUCACGACAGACCCCGUAUCCUUGGCCUGGCUGGACCACUGCACAGUGCCGAAUGUGAGCUGCAAGAACUGAGCGCCAUGCUGGCCACUCUCGAACGGAAUAUUCUCUGUCGGAUUGAGACGGCCAGUGACAUUGUCACCGUGCUCCGGUAUUGCUCCCGACCCCACGAAUACAUUGUUCAGUGUGCCCCCUACGAAAUGGACGACCUGUCGCUGGUCCUAGCCGACGUCCUAAACACUCACAAAGCGUUCUUGACGGACCAUCGUUACGACCCAUAUGAGAUCUACGGCACGGACCAAUUCAUGGAGGAUCUGAAAGACAUUCCUGAUCCCAAACUGGACCCGUUAAACGUCAUUAAUUCAUUGCUGGCUGUGCUGCACGAGAUGGGUCCGUGGUGCACCCAAAGAGCUGCCCAGCACUUCUACCAGACCAACGAAAAGCUGAAGGUUAAGACGCCCCACGAACGUCAUUACCUUCUCUACUGUUUGGUGAGCACAGCCCUAACCCAGCUGCACGCUCUGUGCGACCACACGUUCCAACGGCAACAGGCAGCCGGAGAGGAUCCCCGGCACAUAGUCGAGCGCUAUUCCAGUCCCAAGGUGCGGAGGCUGCUCCAAACUUUGCGCUGCUUCAAACCGGAGGAAAAUCUCACUCAAGUGGACGGAAUGCGAAAAAUGCGGCAUCAGGUGGAGCAGGCAGAUUUCGGGCGGCUGUCCCAGGCUCUCGAAAGUAAAUGCCAGCUAGUGGAUCAGUUGGAGCAGCCGCCCAUAGAGACAAGAGCCCUGGUGGCCCAUCUGGAGCAGAUUCUGCACUCGUCAGAGGAAAAAAAACAGGCGAAGUGUAACUUCCACGCGACUACAACGGCUCCAACGGUUCAUGGAAAACGCAAAUCCGCCGAGACCGGGACUCAGCCUCGAGCUCGAAGACGCGUUUAUACGAGGCGGCAUCACCGGGAUCAGAACGACGGAAGCGACACGCUAUGCGGCCUCAUUUAUUGCAAUCAAAAUCACACGGCUCGGGUGCUCUUCGAGCUUCUGGCGGAGAUGAGCCGGCGUGACCCCAAUCUUAAGUUCCUGCGCUGCCAGUAUACCACGGAUCGCGUGGCCGAUCCCGCCACAGAGCCCAAGGAGGCGGAACUGGAGCACCGACGGCAGGAGGAAGUGCUUAAACGCUUCCGCAUGCACGACUGCAAUGUUCUGAUAGGAACCUCGAUCUUGGAGGAGGGCAUCGAUGUGCCCAAGUGCAAUCUAGUGGUGCGCUGGGAUCCGCCCACCACCUAUCGCAGCUACGUCCAGUGCAAGGGGCGUGCCCGGGCUGCUCCCGCCUACCAUGUCAUUUUGGUGGCUCCCAGUUUUGAAACCCCGCCUGUAGAUUCUGUGGAGCUAACUGACGAGAGUCACCGCUUCAUCUGUGGCGCCCCAGCGGCAGGGGAAUCUCAAGAGGCGGAGAGCGAUUCCGACGAUUCGGCGAUACCCAAUUCGAUUGGAUCCGAUCCCUACACAUUUGGAACGGCUCGGGGUACGGUGAAGAUUCUGAAUCCCGAGGUCUUCAGCAAUCAGCCGCCCACAGCAUGCGACAUUCGGCUGCAGGAAAUCCAGGACGACCCUGGCGUCCAGAUGGACACCAGCAAUUCCAGCGACGAGGCCGUCAGCCUGAGCAACACCACCACCAGUGACAGCAGCGUGGAGCGGAAACCCAGGCAGCGAUUUCGGUGCGAACUGAGCGUCCAAUCAGAGUCUGAGGUGGCUAGUCCUUCAACCCAUACCGAAAAGUCUUCUGUAGAUGGACUCACAACCACAACAACGGAAUUGGUGCACCAGAUGGCCCAGUACCGGGAAAUCGAGCAAAUGCUCUUGUCCAAGUGCGCCAACACGGAGCCAUCGGAGCUGGAACAACAUGACGCUGAACGGUUUAGUGGUUGCCUGGCCGCCUACCGGCCCAAGCCUCAGUUGCUAACUGGAGCUUCAGUGGAUCUUGGCUCCGCCAUAGCCCUCAUCAACAAGUACUGUGCCCGUCUGCCCAGCGACACCUUUACGAAGUUGACGGCGCUGUGGCGCUGCACAAGGAGCGAACGAGCCGGCAAGACGCUAUACCAGUACACCUUGCGGUUGCCCAUCAAUUCGCCGCUAAAACACGACAUUGUGGGUCUUCCGAUGCCAACUCAGACCUUGGCUAGGCGACUGGCUGCUCUGCAAGCGUGCGCUGAACUUCACAGGAUUGGCGAGCUGGACGAUCAGCUGCAGCCCAUUGGCAAGGAGGGAUUCCGGGCCCUGGAGGCUGACUGGGAGUGCUUUGACUUGGAGCCGGAGGACGAGCAGAUUUUGCAGAUGAGCGACGAACCGCGACCUGGUACAACGAAACGAAGGCAGUACUACUACAAGCGCAUCGCAUCCGAGUUCUGCGACUGUCGUCCAGUGGCCGGGGCACCCUGCUAUCUAUAUUUCAUCCAACUUACCUUGCAAUGUCCCAUUCCCGAGGAGCAGAACACUCGUGGUCGCAAAAUUUAUCCACCCGAAGAUGCUCAGCAGGGAUUUGGCAUCCUCACCACCAAACGAAUCCCGAAACUGAGCGCCUUCUCCAUCUUCACCCGUUCGGGGGAAGUUAAGGUUUCCCUGGAACUGGCCAAGGAGCAAGUGGUGCUCACCAGCGAGCAGAUUGGCUGCAUUAAUGGAUUCUUGAACUACACGUUCACCAAUGUACUUCGACUGCAAAAGUUUCUCAUGCUCUUCGAUCCCGAUUCCACCGAAAACUGUGUCUUUAUUGUGCCGACGGUGAAGAUGCCCGCGGGCGGAAAGAUGAUCGACUGGAAGUUCCUGGACGUGAUCCAGGCUAAUGGGAAUACCUUGCCGCGGGAGGUACCCGAUGAGGAGCGAUUGGCGAAACCGUUCGAUGCCCAGUGCUUCCAGGACGCCGUUGUGAUGCCUUGGUAUCGCAACCAGGACCAGCCGCAAUAUUUCUAUGUGGCCGAGAUCUGCCCACACCUCUCACCGCUCAGCUGCUUCCCCGGGGAGCAGUAUCGCACGUUCAAGCACUACUACUAUGCCAAGUAUGGGCUCAACAUCCAAAACUCCUCCCAGCCUCUGCUGGACGUUGAUCACACCAGUGCCCGGUUGAACUUCUUGACGCCGCGGUAUGUGAAUCGCAAGGGCGUGGCCCUGCCCACCAGUUCGGAGGAGACGAAGCGGGCCAAACGCGAGAAUCUCGAACAGAAACAGAUCCUAGUACCCGAGCUGUGUACCGUGCAUCCAUUUCCCGCUUCAUUGUGGCGAACGGCCGUGUGCUUGCCCUGCAUCCUGUACCGCAUCAAUGGUCUCCUCCUCGCCGACGACAUUCGAAAGCAGGUGUCCACGGAUCUGGGAUUGGGCCAACAACAAAUCGAAGAUGAAGAGUUCCAGUGGCCUAUGUUGGACUUUGGAUGGAGUCUGUCCGAGGUUCUGAAGAAGUCUCGGGAGUCGAAGCAACGGGAUGUGGGCAAGGAUGUGGAAGUGAAUACUAAAGAGCCUAAAGGAGGCCAGGGGGAUGCCACGAAGAAGGACAUCAAAGUGGAGGCGCAAUCAAAUGAUGAUAAGAAGGAAAAGAGUGCCAACGAGCUGAUAAUCGAGGGAGAGCAGAAGCUCCAGGAGGCGGACGACUUUAUUGAGAUUGGCACUUGGUCGAAUGACAUGGCCGAUGAUAUAGCCAGCUUUAACCCCGGGGAUGACGAGGAGGAAGACGAUGCCUUUCUGCCAGUUCUCCCGGCCAACGUCAAGUUCUGUGAUCAGCAGACCCGCUACGGUUCGCCCACGUUCUGGGACGUGAAAAAUGGAGAGGGAGGCUUCAAGCAACCAAAGCGAAGCCAACAGCCCCAACAGGGUGGGAACAGCAAAGCGAAAGGUUCUGGCAAGCCCACCUACAACUACUACGACUCGGACAACUCCCUUGGCUCCAGCUAUGACGACGAUGACCACGGCGGACCUCUCAACUACAUGCACCACAACUACAGCACCGACGAUGAUGAUGUGGAGGAUGAGAUCGACGCGGGGCGCAUUGCUUUCACUUCCAAGAACGAGGCGGAGACCAUCGAGACGGCCCAGGAGGUGGAGAAGCGCCAGAAGCAACUCUCUAUAAUCCAGGCCACGAACGCCAACGAGCGCCAGUACCAAGAAACCAAGAAUCUGCUGAUUGGCUUCAAUUUCCAGCAGGAGUUGCGGGAGAGCUUGACGGUGUCUAGCGGCGAUUAUGAGCAAUCCAUAUCGAGGCUCCAGGAGGAGAUCAGAAACUGUGGCAUGCUGGUGCCUCACAGCGAGGAGCUAGUCCUCAAGCGGAAGGAUCCUGUGGAGGCCCAGCACGGUAAAGAUUCAAUGCUGGAGCUGUUGAAGCAAUUACUUCCAUAUGUUCAGGAGGAAGAACUGGCAAAGAGGCUUAUAAACAGGAAGAACUUCCAGCUGUCCGACUUGGUGGAGCUCAACGCAGAUUGGGUGGCCAGAAACGGGGAGGAGGUGCACCAAGUUCUCGGCUGUGGCGAUAGUUUCGACAACUAUAACGAUCACAACAGGCUGAAUUUGGAGAACAAGGAGCUAACAUUGCAAUACGAGCGGAAGAGCAUUCUUCCGGCAGUUCCCGAAAAGGCAACAUCAUUUUCGACGCUACCGAAGGGAUUCAGCUUCGACCGGCAGCCCGGUCUGGUGGGCCAUCCGGGACCAAGUCCCAGCAUUAUCCUCCAAGCACUCACCAUGUCGAACGCCAACGACGGCAUUAAUCUGGAGCGCUUAGAAACCAUCGGAGACUCCUUCCUAAAGUAUGCCAUCACCACUUACCUCUACAUCACCUACGAGAACGUGCAUGAGGGCAAGUUGAGCCACCUGCGCUCCAAGCAAGUGGCCAAUCUCAAUCUGUACCGUCUGGGGCGGCGGAAGCGGCUGGGAGAGUACAUGAUAGCCACCAAAUUUGAGCCGCACGACAACUGGCUGCCACCCUGUUACUACGUCCCCAAGGAGCUGGAGAAGGCUUUGAUUGAGGCCAAGAUUCCGACGCACCACUGGAAGCUGGCCGAUCUGCUGGACAUCAAGAACCUCAGCAGUGUACAGAUCUGCGAGCUGGUUCGCGAAAAAGCCGAGGCCCUGGGUCUGGAGCAGAACGGUCCGCAGAGCGGCCAGUUGGAUGACUCCAACGACAGCUGCAACGACUUCAGUUGCUUCAUACCCUACAACCUGGUGUCGCAGCACAGCAUCCCGGACAAGUCCAUAGCCGAUUGCGUGGAAGCUUUGAUUGGAGCUUACCUCAUCGAGUGUGGACCGCGGGGAGCCCUUCUGUUCAUGGCAUGGUUGGGCAUACGAGUUCUCCCCUUCACCAGGCAGCCAGCGGAGCAGGAGGAGGCCAAACGAGUUCCGGGGAGCAGCAAAUCGGAUGCGGAAGGGAUGGUCACCGUUUAUGGGGCCUGGCCCACGCCGCGUAGUCCUCUGCUGCACUUUGCCCCAAAUGCCACGGGAGAGCUGGACCAACUACUGAGUGGAUUCGAAGAAUUCGAGGCCAGUCUGGGCUACAAGUUCCGCGAUCGCUCCUACCUUCUCCAGGCCAUGACGCAUGCCAGUUACACCCCCAACCGUCUCACCGACUGCUACCAGCGACUGGAGUUCCUCGGGGACGCUGUUCUGGACUAUCUGAUCACUCGGCACCUGUACGAGGAUCCGCGCCAGCACUCGCCAGGUGCUCUGACAGAUUUGCGCUCCGCUUUGGUCAACAACACGAUCUUCGCCUCUCUGGCUGUGCGACAUGGUUUCCACAAGUUCUUCCGUCAUCUGUCUCCUGGACUGAACGAUGUCAUUGAUCGUUUCGUUCGAAUCCAGCAGGAAAACGGGCACAGCAUAAGUGAGGAAUAUUAUUUGCUAUCCGAGGAGGAGUGUGACGAUGCCGAGGACGUUGAGGUGCCCAAGGCCUUGGGCGAUGUUUUCGAGUCGAUCGCGGGUGCCAUCUUUUUGGAUUCAAAUAUGUCGUUGGAUGUGGUGUGGCAGGUUUACAGCAAUAUGAUGAGUCCGGAGAUAGAGCAAUUCAGCAACUCUGUGCCAAAGUCGCCCAUACGGGAGCUCCUUGAACUGGAACCGGAGACGGCCAAGUUCGGCAAGCCGGAGAAACUGGCCGACGGACGCCGGGUUCGCGUCACCGUCGACGUGUUCUGCAAGGGCACCUUCCGCGGGAUCGGACGCAACUAUCGGAUUGCCAAGUGUACGGCUGCCAAGUGCGCGCUGCGCCAACUCAAGAAACAGGGCUUGAUUGCCAAAAAGGACUAAUUAUUUUCGUAGCUGCGAUGAUAACGAUAAGGCCUAGUUUGAAAUAUAGUUCUUAUUCCAAUUUAAUGUCUAAGCAAGAAGUAAAGUCAAAAAUAUUCCAAAAAAGA